AUUUUAAUUAGUGUUAUUGGAAUGUCUGAAUAACAAGAAGGUGUUAAAAAUCAUAAAAAAUACAGAAAGGAUAAACCUUGGGAUAAUGAUCCCACAAUAGAUAAAUGGAAGAUACCAGAGAUUCAACCAGGUGAAAUGAACGGGAGUCUUUUAGCUGAAAGUUCAUUUGCUACUUUAUUUCCAAAAUAUCGAGAGAAAUAUAUAUAAGAAGUAUUUGGGAUGGUUAAAAAAUCUCUAAAAGAUCAUGGAAUAAGAGCUGAAUUAAAUCUGUUGGAAGGAUCUUUAACAGUGAAAACAACAAAUAAAACAUGGGAUCCAUGGGCAAUUAUGAAAGCAAGAGAUAUUAUAAAAUUAUUGGCACGAAGUGUUCCUGUUUAAUAAUGUUUAAGAUUAUUAGAAGAUGGAACAUUUUGUGAUAUUAUCAAAAUUAGAAGUUAUACAAGAAAUAAAGAAAAAUUUGUUAAAAGAAGACAACGACUAAUUGGGCCAAAUGGAGCAACAUUAAAAGCAUUAGAAUUGCUAACUGAUUGUUAUAUAAUGGUCUAAGGAAGCACUGUUUCUGUCAUUGGAAAUUGGAAGAAUUUAAAAGUUAUUAUCGAUUAUUAUUUUUUUAUUUUAGACUGUUAGAAAAGUAGUGGUUGAUACUAUGUAAAAUAUACAUCNUACUCAUGAGGGUGAUCUAUUUUAACUUAAAAUAGAAUUAUGUUUUAAGAGAUUCAAUAUUUUAUAAACUAUUCAAAGAAAAAGCAAAUUUUUCUUUGAUAUUAAUUUUUCUUCUUAUAUAUUUUAAUUCAUAUAGAAUAUUUUCUAAUACUAAUAUUCAUAAAAACAACAAAAUUUAAGAUUUAUUUUUAAAUUGUAAAAUGAAUGAAAAGUUUCAAGUUCUUUAUCUUAAGCUUUAUUUUUAGUCAUCUUUUAAAGCCUUAUUCUCAAGUAUUUAGAUGCUAAAGCACUUCAUAAACUUGAUAAAAAUCAACUGACGAUAAUU